AUGAAUCAUGAAAACAAUGAUGAGAAAUCUGUAUUUGCCGAGUAUCUUGCCGAACUGACUUCUCUCAUUCCGUUUGGUUAUCCUGUCAUUGCAACCUUGAUGAUCAAUCUGGGAGCACUUGUGGAGGCAGGAGCCACAUUGAACGAUACAACUAUUGGUUAUUUUGUCAAUUCGUUUGUUGGUCUGCUUGUGGAAUUGUGUCCACAAUAUUUGAGAAUUUAUCGCAAGUGCAAAUCUCCAAAAGUGUCAGAACAAACCAAGCAAAUUUUGGAAGCACAAUGUGAGUCUAUGAGUGAAGGCAUUGAUAAAGUGGAAAAAGCAGUCGUUUGCAUCACGAGUAGAUAUGCAUUGGCUCGAAAUUUAAUGAGACAACAUGCAAGCUUUACACAAUUACAAGAACUCACAACAGCGUUGAGAUUUCAAUUUCGAUUUCUAUUUUUUGCGACACAUUUAUUGCAUGAUGAGCCAAUUCUUAUCAUUCAUCCCAUUGAGAAAUGGGGCAUAAGAGCUAAAAUUUCAUGCAUUACUUCGAAUUGGACGUUGCAUAUGGUCAUGGCAUACUUUUUGAAACAACAAUUUCCUUCUCUUUCCAUCCAAUCGCCACGAGUGGAACAAGUGGAAUACUUACUUGGACAACGAUCAAAAGCAAAAGGAUCCAUGUUCUGGGUUUAUGAAAUGUACAACUGGACAGCAUUGGAUUCACUUCCAUCAGGUCAAGAGCAUGAAUCAUACGAACAACAUUGUUUCAACAACGGACUCGAUCACCGAAUUUGGGGAGAAGGUGUUCCAAGUGAUAUCACCAAAUUUGAAGGCAUUCGGGUCAUAUUAUUAGGACCAGCUCAAUAUGAAAGAAGAUGUAAUUUAAUGAAAGAUUUUACUGAACAAAAAGCUUCUUUUGAAAUUGAGCGAGAGAUGUCGCAAGAUGAAAUUGAAACUCUGUUGAACAAGAUGGUGAAUAUUAGCACUGAAGAAAAGAGGAGAAUUGUUGAACAAAGAAGCUUGGAAACUGGUGUUGGUUUGGUAGAUAAGGAAUGA